UAAAAAACUAAGUGAGUCAUGUGAGAAUUGAAUAAGAAGACAGGAAGAGAAUAAUAUAGAUUUAAGAGCUCAUAUAUCCUCUCUUUUAAACACCAUUUCAGAGGCUUUUUUGCAGAGAGUUUUAGUAUUAUAUAUAGAAUAGAUCGAGAGAAAUCUGAAAUUCAUAGCAUAGCAAUGGUUUCAAGAGAGAAUUACAACAAAAGAGCAGCUCUGCAUGAGAAGCUGCAGCUUCUUCGUUCCAUUACUAACUCUCAUGCUAUAAACAACACAUCAAUCAUAGUGGAUGCAACAAAAUACAUUGAAGACCUAAAACAAAAGGUAGAGAGAUUGAAUCAAGAUAUGGGAGAUUCACAAUCUUCAACAAAUCAUCUAUUGCCUUUGGUUACAGUAGAAACCCUAGAAAAGGGUUAUCUGAUAAAUGUAGUUUUAGAUAGAAGUUGCCCUGGAUUGCUCGUCUCCAUUUUAGAAGCUUUUGAAGAACUGGGUCUUAUUGUUCAAGAAGCUAGGGUUUCUUGUACGGACAGUUUUCGAUUACAAGCUGUUGGUGGAGAGGAAGAAAAAGUAAGAAUUGAUGCUCAGGUGGUGAAACAAGCAGUGUUGCAGGCUAUUAAGAACUGGAGUGAAAAUACUGAACAAGAGUGAUCAAAUUCUUGUUUUAAAUAUAUUUUUGUCACUUUAGUUUCAAUUUCUCAAUCUUGUUUUUCAUAAUUAAGCAAAGCUAAGGCUGCCAGCCAAUGUGGUUAAUUAAUUAAUGUUGUUAAUCAAUGAAUCAAAUGUUCCCAA